GGCGCACUGAAUCGAACGGCUGAGAUGCAUGGAUCAUAAGCGGUCUGGCUAUUAGUAUUUAGAUAGAAGUGGGAGUAAAUGAGGGUUACUUAAAGUUUAGCGAACUCACAUAGAGUUUUGGUGAAAAGGGGAAUUUGUUAUCGUUCUAGACGGUUCUAUUGAUCGGUGACUGUGAGAGAUGGCGGAGCAUCACGAGCACGAGGAGCCCAAGAGUGAAUCCUUGUUGGAGAAGCUUUCGGGGAAGAUCCACGACCACGAUUCCUCGUCUUCCUCUGAGUCCGACAACGACAAAACAAGUCCUUCUGAGUCUUUCAAGUCUAAGGUUUUCAGGCUUUUUGGCAGGGAAAAGCCCAUUCACCAUGUUCUUGGUGGUGGAAAACCGGCUGAUGUUUUUCUCUGGAGAAAUAAGAAGGUAUCAGCAUCGGCACUCGGAGUUGCAACAGUCAUAUGGGUUCUGUUUGAAUUGUUUGAAUACCACCUCCUCACUUUGGUUUGCCACAUCCUGAUACUUGCUCUGGCGGCGUUGUUCUUGUGGUCCAAUGCAUCCACUUUUAUCAACAAGACUCCGCCAAAGAUCCCACAAGUGCACAUUCCAGAGAAACCUGUUCUAGAAUUUGCCUCUGCUCUUAGAGAGGAGAUCAACCGGGCUUUUGCGGUGUUGCGGGAUAUUGCGUCUGGAAGGGAUCUCAAGAAGUUUCUAUCAGUGAUUGCUGGAUUAUGGGUUUUCUCUAUUCUUGGUAGUUGGGCCAACUUCUUGACGUUGUUCUAUAUAGCUUUUGUUUUUCUUCACACUGUGCCUGUACUCUAUGAGAAAUAUGAAGAUCACGUGGACUCUUUUGGUGAAAAGGCAAUAGCCGAGAUUAAGAAGCAAUAUGCAGUGUUUGAUGCGAAGGUUUUGAGCAAGAUUCCCAGAGGACCUUUGAAAGAUAAAAAGAAAGAUUGAAGUGUUACUAGAAUCUGACAAAUAUGUUGUAGUGGGGUUUCAUCAAUGUUCUGUUAAAUUUAGAUUCAUCAUCAGUUAAAACCCCUAGCUUGUCAUGUUUUACUUUUUUAGGGUUCUUUACUAGACAUUGUGGAUGAAGAGUAUCUUAUAUAUUUUUCUGCUGGCUUACAUGUACCCGUCAAGAAAUCCUAUAUGCUUAUGGAUGACUUGUUCUUGUGUUGUAUUUACAUCAUGAAUACAUACUCUGCCCAUGUGAAUGCUUUCAUAGAA